CAAGCCAACCCUAAUUCUUGGAGAAGAUCAAGUGCGCGCCGCUCCGAGCUACGUUAAAAUCUCAACCCGCCUGCGCGUAUCCCUCGUCGUAUCUCCGGUCAAGGUUUGCCUGUAAUUGAUAUUUAUUUACUUGUGGUCAGGAAGCAAGAUGAUGACAGGUAAAGCUAAUUCCACUCUAAGCAAGAAAACAGGCCUGCCUCGUAAACGGUUUUACCGAGCUAGGGCUCAUAGCAAUCCAUUAAGCGAUUCCCAUUUCCCUGUACCAAUUUGCCCCGCACAAGUCGAUUUUGCAUCUCAUUACCCAGUUUUUUCCGAUGGAUCCUCAAAACAGAUCGAGUUUGCAGAUAUAGGGUGUGGAUUCGGCGGCCUUUUGAUUUCUCUUUCACCCCUCUUCCCUGAAACCUUGAUGAUUGGAAUGGAAUUGAGGGAUAAGGUGACUGAGUAUGUGAAGGAACGCAUUACUGCAUUAAGGGUUAAUAAUCCUGGUAAAUACGAGAACAUAUCUGUUGUUAGAACUAAUUCCAUGAAGUACAUUCCCAAUUACUUCGGAAAAGCGCAGCUUAAGAAGAUGUUCUUCUUGUUCCCCGACCCACACUUCAAGGAGAAGAACCAUAGGCGGCGGGUGAUCAGUCCUCACCUUCUAGAUGAGUAUGCUUAUGUUCUUGCUAUUGGGGGCAUCAUAUACACUAUCACUGAUGUCGAGGAGCUUGGGGAGUGGAUGAAGUCCUGUUUGGAAGAUCAUCCACUCUUUGCAGCUCUUUCUCGUGAAGAACUUGAAGAUGAUGAAGCAGUCAAUAUCUUGACUUCUGCAACUGAGGAAGGGCAAAAGGUUGCCCGCAAUGGCGGUCAGACAUUCCGAGCUGUUUAUAGGCGCAUUGAUAUGUCUUGACUCAUUGUUUCCCAAAUUUUGCGGGCAUCAAUCACCCUGUCAAUUAUCCUAGCUAUCUUAAUUUGCUAAGUGUUUUUUGUUGUUGAAAUGGCUCAAUUUUCGGAGAGGAGAAUCAUCUGGUCAAAACUAUUUCAGCCAAACAAGUAGGUCAAAAGCUUCUUAUUAUGCUUCCUCUAAUUCCAAUUAUUCUACUUAUUUUGUGAUAAGUAGAACAAGCCCGAUUUGGCUGCCAAAGGAGAUCUACCCAUUUUAUCUAAUAGGAUGUAAAAGGAGAGCAGGUAAUAGGAGUGAAGCGAAAAUUUUAUCUAAUGUAAUACUCAUUUCAUUCUAUUGUCUCACCUUUCCUUUUUGAUUCUUUUCAUUAAAAUUGUCCUCUACCAAAUUUCGUAAACUUUGUGUAGUUCUAAAUUAUGCUUUAUUCUUACUUCAUUAAUUUAAUAUGGCUAAAGAGUCAAAUAGGUCAUUGUACCUUUUCGGAUUGCUCAAUUUGCCCCCUCAACCCAAAAAAAAGCUCCAUUUGGCACCCUUA